AUGAGAUUGUCCUUUGCGACCUUGUGCGCCGUCACCUUUGCAACCUUGUGCGCCGCCUUUCCGAGUCAACUUUGGCCACGCAUGGCUUUGGACUUCGACCCAAAAGAAAGUCAACACAAUUGCAUGUACUGCUGGUUUAACGAAUCCUGCGAUCAGACUUCAAAGGGCUGUUGUCACUGUUGCUACCCAUUCAAGCAAGAUUGCUAA